AUGGCCCCCUCCGCCUUCGGCUUUGACGGGGGAAAGCCCCCCGAGCUCGAGCGGCGGCUCAUCGCGGAGGCCGGCGGGGCCGCGAACGACGGGACCACGCAGCCCCCUUCGCAGAGCACCUCUUUUGUGCACGGUAUCGAGGAGCCCGAGCGGGAGCUGCACUCACCGCAGUACCAACCCCCCCCGCCCCUCCAGGAGCCUUCCAGCAAUAUCGAACGCUUUCUCAGCGUGCAUAGCAAAAAUCGCUAUCCGGCGAUGCGCUCUCCAACGACGACGACAGGCGGCGUCGACGUGGGCGGAGUGGAGGGCUGGGGCUAUGGGUUUAGCGGCGGGGGAGGUCCCUAUCGCGGCGCUAACAGCCCGAUGACGCUUUCUGAAUCCGUCGUGGUGGAGCUCUUGCGUUAUUUGGUGGAUCCUUUAUAUUACCCGGUGCUUAUUACGUGCGCGCGAGGGCGCUAUCGCUCAGGGCUGGUGGUUGGAUGCUUGCGCAAGCUACAAAGGUGGAAUAUGGUGUCGAUUUUGGAAGAAUACCGCCGCUUUGCUGGGGAUCGCGGCAGUCCUGAGAAUGAAGAGUUUAUAGAGUAUUUUUACGAAGGUCAGGUGGGGUUGGAUUUGCCAGAUGGCCGGGAACCUACGAUUUUGUACAACGCCUAG